AUGGUGCUGUGGAGGAAAGAUGCUGGAUUUACAUGCUUGAAAGGUAACUCGAAGAAAAAGUAGUCAUUUUACAAAGAAUCAUAUGGAGGAAGCGACUUUUUCUUCGACCAGUCAACGGUUUUAGCCAUUCUUUUAUAGUUCUUACACUGUUUUCAAUUAUUCUGCUUUCUAGGUGUCAAAACAAGUUGUGUGACAUAUCAUUGGAUCGAUAUUGUACUGUCUUUGAAAAAUGUUGCUGUUUGGAGUAAUCAUGCGGUGAUAAACUUUAUAGGAAACCAUUUUGAAACAUAUUUUUGUCAAGUGUUUAUUUUUUAAAAAAUCCUCAAAAAUAGGAAUUUUGGUGUUUUAGUAGCGAAUGCGUGGUAGCUUCAAGGAAAAUGUAUCCUGCCCCCUUCCCCCCCCCAAAAAAACACAAAAACAAAACAACAAAACAACAACAAAAAAAACAACAAAAACAGGAACAUGGAACAUUUGAGAACAUCAAAAAAUUAAAUUGAUUUUUAUGGGAAAAAACUAUUAAGUAUAAUACAUGUAAAACAAUUGGACAAAAAUUUAUAAUAACAAAAUAACAUAACAUAACAUAAAAACGAAAAAUAUGGAAAAAAAGAAGAAGAAACUGAUAUCAUUUCUGAGUAUAAGAAAACAAUAUUUUGUCGCAAGUAAUUAAUUGUUGGGUGAGCGAGGGUCCAUACAAAUGACAAUGGGCAAUUCCAGAAAAUAUCCAUACCAUACCACGGACGGCUUUUAGGAUUUCCGAAGGGGAGGGGGGGUUCACGAUUAUGGAAUUCUGAGGGCAUGGGGGGUAUUUACGAUUGGAAAUCCGAAGGCAUGGGGUAAUUCCACAGGUGGGAUUUCUGGAGUAGAAAGUGUAGAGUGAGUUCCUUGAAAACGCUAUUGUUGUGGACUUUUGUAGUUCGUAAAUAAACCACGAACGUAUGACCGCGGAAGCAGAAGACAAGCAUCGAUAGAUCAGACACGUGUUUACGCUUAUAACUUAUAGAAGUGAGCAGUAAAAUGUGACUUUCACAUUAACCUUGAUGAAUUUCUUGUCACAUGAAAAAGAAAACGGAAUAUGUAUCUUACUGCUUGCAAGUUUCUUGUUACUCCCAUCCGAUGAACAGUAAAAAAACUCGCACCAGUCCCUGGCUUCCAAGGAACGCCUGUUAGAUUAGAACACUUUUCGUGCACACUACAUGACGUAUAAAAGGACGCAACACGCCUCGACGGUAUAUUUGACCACCGAAAGAUUUUAACAGUCUGAAUUUGAGCUAUUUUGCUUUGUAAACGUCAAAACAGCACAAGAAGACAAAGAGGAGUAAAAUUGCCUUUAGUGGUGUUUAUUUUUAUUGCCAAAUUCGGACCUAAAAAGGAGUUUGCACAGCCUGUCUACUAGCGGUAGGUUAGAGUCUGAAAGCUUUUCGCCUGGCGCCGCUAGAUCACAGCCUUGAGGAGGCAUAAAUUCAUGUUCGUCUGUUCAUAUAGGCGUUGCUAAGUUGAAAAUGUACUUCCAAAAAACCGGAAAUUCUGAAGGGGAGGGGGGGGUUCACGAUUAUGGAAUUCUGAGGGCAUGGGGGGAUAACGCAUUUUGGAAUUUCCGAAGGCACGGGGGGGGGGGGGUAAAACAUGGAAGCCGUCCGUGGUUGGGUAUGGAUAUUUUCUGGAAUUGCCCAAUAACGAGUGAAGGGGGUUUCAAACUUUCCACACACAGCCACCUCUCGUAUUAUUGUUUGCCAUGCGGAUUAAUAAUUUGACGGUUAUCUAUUUAUGGCUUUGCUGCUUUAAGAAGAGCUUUGUGGCUCGUGGCUUUAGACUUGAGUGGACAAGAUUUACAUUUGCAGUGAAUAGUUUCAGCGGGAGUAGUAGUGCAGUGGUGGGUUCUUACUGUUAUCAAUUAAGCCUCAAUUUCUGUCAUCUCCUGAAGUCGCAAGUGAAGUUUGCAAUCUAUUUGUCUGUUAAUCUGUUUGUUGCUUUGAUUUUUGUGAUGUUACUGGAUUUUAGUGGACAAGAUUUCAUUUUGGAAACAUUCAUACAUAGCUAUUCUCAGUGACUAGAGUUUCUUGAAUUAGAUCCUUUUGUUGAAUUGAGUUAGAAAACAAAGUUGACUAUUCAUCCCACGUAAUGGGCAAUUCCAGAAAAUAUCCAUACCCAACCACGGACGGCUUCCAUGUUUUAACCCCCCCUUGCCUUCGGAAAUUCCAAACUGCGCUACCCCCCCAUGCCCUCAGAAUUCCAUAGUCGUGAAUCCCCCCUCCCCUUCAGAAUUUCCGGUUUUUUUUGGAAGUACAUUUUCGACUUAGCAACGCCUAUAAGAACAAACGAACAUGAAUUUAUGCCUCCUCAAGGCUGUGAUCUAGCGGCGCCAGGCGAAAAGCUUUCAGACUCUAACCUACCGCUAGUAGACAGGCUGUGCAAACUCCUUUUUAGGUCCGAAUUUGGCAAUAAAAAUAAACACCACUAAAGGCAAUUUUACUCCUCUUUGUCUUCUUGUGCUGUUUUGACGUUUACAAAGCAAAAUAGCUCAAAUUCAGACUGUUAAAAUCUUUCGGUGGUCAAAUAUACCGUCGAGGCGUGUUGCGUCCUUUUAUACGUCAUGUAGUGUGCACGAAAAGUGUUCUAAUCUAACAGGCGUUCCUUGGAAGCCAGGGACUGGUGCGAGUUUUUUUACUGUUCAUCGGAUGGGAGUAACAAGAAACUUGCAAGCAGUAAGAUACAUAUUCCGUUUUCUUUUUCAUGUGACAAGAAAUUCAUCAAGGUUAAUGUGAAAGUCACAUUUUACUGCUCACUUCUAUAAGUUAUAAGCGUAAACACGUGUCUGAUCUAUCGAUGCUUGUCUUCUGCUUCCGCGGUCAUACGUUCGUGGUUUAUUUACGAACUACAAAAGUCCACAACAAUAGCGUUUUCCAGGAACUUACUCUACACUUUCUACUCCAGAAAUCCCACCUGUGGAAUUCCCCCAUACCUUCGGAUUUCAAAUCGUAAAUACCCCCCCAUGCCUUCAGAAUUCCAUAAUUGUGAAUCCCCCCUCCCCUUCGGAAAUCCUUAAAGCCGUCCGUGGUAUGGUAUGGAUAUUUUCUGGAAUCGCCCAAUCCAAAAAAAAAAAAAAACAAUUACGAGCUCUACAGAAUAAAAUAAUGACCCAUUACUGGAACUAGAACUUUUAUGGGAGGGGCUGUUGUGAUUCCCGUGAUCAUAGAGAUCAACCCAGUCUUCCUCGGCCUGUUUCAGACUCCAGACAUUACACCGACAUGCCAGACGGAACCAAAUGCGUUGUGACUGAUUUAUUCAGCUUUGACCAGACUCAUAAAUUUAGCUGCAAAACAGUGUUUACACAAAUUAAUAACAAGUCGCAUAAGCAAACUUUGAAGUGUCUUUGAAAAAUGCGGCUUGGCUUGAAAUAUAGGGAGGGAAAAGUGUUUCAGCACACAUGAGUGAAGAAAAAAAAUUGAACCGUCACACCUGGGGAUACCCAAAUCACAGUGACAGUGGCAAUCCCCAUCCUCCACCAGGCAGCCAAAAGGGGACUGUAAAUUAGCUUGAAUUUCAGCUGUCUCCUAAAGUCGCAAACUCCUCUUGCAACUCAUGGAAACAUCUGAAAUAUUAGGCUAACUGUAAACGGUAUAGAAACUCUUACGAAUGUGAAUAUUAAUGUCCACUAAAAUCCAAAGAUAGGAGCCCCUAAGCUCUUCUUAGUUUCGUAGAGCCUUGUCUGGAAGUACUUCAUUUCAACUUUCAGAAAGUAAUGAACUUUAAGUAAGCAAAUGUUUGUUGUAUAUAGGAAGACUAUGUUGGCUUGACAUGAAGUACUUACCGACUUGGCUUGACAUGAAUACUUACCGACAUUUAAGACCAUCGCAGAGCUGUAAAUCAUUAAUGGAUAACUGUCAAAUAGCUUCAAAUAAUUAAACUCAUUGCAUACAUGAUAAGAAGAGGUGGCUGUGUGACUGAAAGCUUGAAAACCCCCUUCCCUGUUUUGUUAUUGCCACUUUGUGAUCAGGCAAGACUGGGAACUAACAUCUGUCUCGCAUGGCUCACAUGAUGACUCGCAUGACUCGCAUGACUCGCUGGCUCGCAGUUUGUCAAGACCCCUUCCUUGCGUCCCAUUUUUAAUAUUAUUUUGAUUUUAGAGGCAAGUCUUCACUUAUUACUGUCAUUUGCAAGGACCCUCACUCGCCCAACAAAUUAAUUGCGACAGAAUAUUGUUCUCUCAUGCUCGGAGAUGAUACCAGUUUCUUUUUUCUUUCUUUAAUCAUUUUAGUUUUUAUGUUAUGUUAUUUUUAUUCAUUUUGUUAUUAUAAAUUUUUACAAAAUUGAAUUAUUCUUCUUUUUAUUCUUAUUAUUAUUAAUUUAUUUAUGAAAUAUUUUUUUCAUGUUCCUGAAUGUUCCGAAUUUUGUCAACGCCUGACCAAAGAGACUAGGUCCAUUUUUUACUUCAUACCAUCAAGAUCGAUGCCAAGAAAUUAAAUUCUUCGUUGGUAGUAUUUUUAGCAGCUCUUACCUUCCCAGAAAUUUGCCAGUUAAAGGGUUAAACAAGGAAUAUUACAUUUGAAGCGCGGUUCUUGUGUUACAAAACAGUUCUGUUGAGACGCACUUGCUUCGAGAAUAUUGUACUUUUGCACAGCCCUUGUUUUGCUUUUAAGCUUCUGGGACGAUGAGGUCGAGGAGUAUUACAUUUAAAGCUUGCUUGUUUUGGUUUAUGGCGCAUAGAACAAGGAAUAUUACUGUUGAAGCAUUCUACUGGUCCUUGUUUGAAUUUCUUUAUGGCUUAUCUAGCUUUGUAUGACGAGGAAUUUAUGGUUAGCAUCAGUACUUGUGAUGCUUUUCUAGAUAUCUAACAUGGGGGAAUACUGGAACUUAGACAGCCUUUACGUUAGCACAAAGUUUUACAUAGAUUGAGUGUACUAUUCCGUUCGGUUUGUCAAGUUAUUUUACUCACAAACUAUCCAGUGCUUUUAUGAUCACCUUUUAUACUAAGUGCCAGUAAAAGUACAAGCACACUUGUAUAAAUUCAGGGCCCAGCAUCUUACAGACUCGCUUACAGGAUAGCCCAGCUUAAAAAGCAAACUGAGUCAUAAGUUGCAGCUUUUACUAUUUUUUUUAUAAUUCACUUAAUAUAAUACACUGUGAUAAUUCAGCAGCUGUUUAUUUUUAUCAAUAAAGGGAGUGCUGCUCAUCCUCUUAGUAUGCAUGCACUUAUACUCCUGUUUUGGCUUUCAGCAAUUUACAAUUUUAGGUUCACUGCUGUUUAUGUUCAUGGUCACUUCAACACCAUUGUGAUUUCAGUGUCCUGCUAUAUGAACCUACAGCUGUAGCAAAAUGUGUAGCCUUCUAUCAUUAUCUCCAGGAGAUGCAACCAUGUCAACCUCCUGACAGCACUCCACUGACUCAGCAUAUGACCUUACGCAGUUGCAAUUUCCUUUUUUCCAGGCUCCAAGGACCCCCAACUGGCACAGCAACUUCAAGAAGAAAUUUAUCAGUACCUGCACUUUCACACCUUUGCUGAGGGCACUAAAGCAUCGUAUCACACCCACAGGACUAGUUAUCUCUGGUUUUGUGAGCAUAUA